AUGGCCGCCGCAAACAUCUACGAAUCCGAUGCCCCGCAACAUGGCGAGCGCGCGACCGAAAACACCCACCGCAAAAUCGAACUCCAAUCCCCGGCCGAUCUGACCUACCUCAUCGCGAACGUGUCGCGUGCGGCGCGCGAGAAGAUUGAUCGGCAUCUACCGCCGGAUGCGGCGCCUGAGGGGGAGGAUGCGAUGAGGAGGAGGGUGGAGCUGUUGGUUGAUAAUUAUAUCCGAAAUACGUUCAAUGCCGCCAAGGACGGGAUCUCGAUCAAUGGGAUGGAUUCGAGGGAGAUGGAGAGGGAGUUGGAGAAGGCGCAGGAGGGGGAGGAACUGGAGCCCUUCGACUCGAAACUCGCACAGCGCAUUCAAGCCCUCUCCGCGCAAAUUGAAGACCAGACCCUUCAGCUCGCCAAUCUCCGUCGAAAAGCACCGCAAGAGACUGCACGGACGUUCCUCGAGUCGUUUGAGAGACAAUCGGCGGAGUAUGAUGCUCGGUUGAAAGCGGAUCAGGAGGCUAAAUUGCAGGCUGCGAAGGCGACAAAGAUGGAGGUUGGGGAGAUUGAGAGGGUGGAUGAGAUGCAGGGGACGUGGCAGAGGGGAGCGGAGGAUUUGGCGAAGUUGAAGGAGGGGUUGGGGGAGACGGUGGGGAGGAUGGAGAAGGCGAAGAGGGCGGUAGAGGCUGUUGAGGAGAGGUGA